GUAACCAGCCAGAUUAUCCCCGUAGUACCUUGGAAAAAAUAAUUUGCUCUUUCAAAUAGCAAUAAAAAAAUAUAAUGUUAAAAUUCGUUCUAUGUUUUGCUGUUUCGGCUAUAUCACUGAGUCAUGUUAGAGCCAAAAUUAGUGGAGAAACCGAACGGAUACUUUUAAAGCAUUUGGAGGGAUUCGUAGAAGUGUGCCGCAAAGAGUUAAAUUUGGAUGUGGGACCUAUACUUUGGAACGAAAAGCAUAUUACCGCUGAUGAAAUGAAAGCCGUGGACGAAUGCUUCGCCGCUUGCAUUCUAAAGAAAGGGGGGUUGAUGAAUGCAGAAGGUAAAAUUGACUACGACAAAGAAGUUGAUGCCAUGAAGAAAGUUAUUAAGAACGAAGAUGAUAUAAAGAUCCUGGAAACAGAUUCAAAAGCUUGUCUUUCGGUGAACGACGAAGAAGUGAGUGAUGGGGACAAGGGAUGUGAAAGAGCUCAUAAGUUCGUAAAUUGUAUGACAAUGCAAAAAAAAUAGUAAGAAUACUCUCCUGGUUUGAUAAUACGCACAAUUUAACACACCCUUGACUACAAUAUUACAGUUUAGUUUGUAGUUUUCGCAAAAAUAAAUAAUGUGCAUGUUGAAUCUACAAGUCGGAUGUGUUGUUUCAUACGGUCGACGAUUGUCCGUUAGAUUUAACAUGUAUUUAACCGAUGUACGAGCUUUUGCGAUUGGAUUUAGCAUAUUAAUGGCUGCAACGACAU